AUGGUUCGGUCCAUAAGAGACCUUUUUUGCUUUUCUCACCAGCAGACCAUCACCAAGACUGAUCCAACACUCGCGACCUCGAACAAUGUCAUUCGUGUGAGACCCGUCCCAGAGACGGCUGCCAGAGCCCGUCUCCCCACCACCAGAGUGACAAUUCCAGAGACUACUCGCAUUCCCAUCAGGCUAUUGUCUCCGGCAGCAUCAUCCGAGCUAGCAAGUACACCCAGUACUUGCCCCUCCACUUGCAGCAGCUCGCUUGCAGAGUCUAUUGUCACCGCUACAUCAGUGACCAGUGAUGGCUCUUCCUUGACAUCCGGUGAACUCACCAAGCUGGGGACUAUUCCACCCCAGUACCAUGGCACACCGUAUUUCCCGAUCAUGCAGCUGGAUGGCUCGCUGAGACCGCCACCGAUAUCAUUCAGUGGCUAUGGCUCCUUUGGGGGCCGGUUCGUUCCUGAAUCGAUCAUGGGAUUCCUGUACGAGCUGACCUCGGUCUUCGAGUCUGCCAUCUCGGAUCCUUCAUUCUGGGCAGAGUAUGCUGCCUUUCAGCGUACUAGGAAUACGCCUCUUCAGAGGGCCAGCAAGCUCACAGAUCUGGCUGGCGGUGCUAACAUCUGGCUAAAACGCGAAGACCAAAACGAAUACGGUAGCCACAAGACUCGCAACAUCGUCGGUCAACUCCUCCUGGCUCGACGAAUGGGCCGUGCAGAGGUCGUCGCGGACUGUGCCUCGGCCAAGCACGGUAACUUCACCGCGGCAAUGUGUGCACGGCUUAACCUGCGGUGUGUGGUAGUCAUGGGCGCAGACGACGCACAGUCACAGGAAGAAGACGUCCUCGAGAUGAAGAUGCUCGGGGCCAAGGUCCUCACUGCACGAACCCCGUCCGGCAUGGGCACGCUGCGCGCUGCAAUCACAGAGGCACUCCGCUAUUCAGUCUGCAACCAUGAAACUGCAUACUACCUCAUGGGCGGGCCCGUGGGCCCAACCCCUUUACCGACUUUGACACGAACCUUCCAGGCACUCCUAGGCGAGGAGGUCGCGGCCCAGAUGCACGCCGCGAUGGGCCGUCAGCCAGACGCUCUGGUCACCGCCGUGGGAAGUGGUGCAGGCGCAGUCGGUUUGUUCCGACCAUUUCUUCACGAGCCCUCUAUCCGACUGGAAUGCGUCGAGAGUGCAGGGGCAGCAGCACUGACCGAGGGUUCGGUUGGUGUUCUUCAGGGCGCGCGGACCCUAAUGCUCCAGGAUGACGAUGGUCAAAUCCUCGAUUCGCACUCCAUCUCGCCAGACAUGAACCUUUCGACCGUGGGGCCGGAGGUGGCUCAUUGGAAGAAAUCUGGUCGAGUUGAAAUCUCGACGGCCACGGACGCGGAUGCCCUGGACGGGUUCAAAACUUUGCAGCGCCACGAGGGAAUUCUGAUCGGGCUGGAUUCAAGUCACGCGGUGAGGAGGGCUAUUAGUCUGGCGAGGGAGUUAGGGCCAGGUAAGAAUCUGAUCUUGUUGGUUACGGGGUGUGAUGCGAUUGGUAUUCGUGAGUUGGAUGUUUGA